GCUAUCAAUUAUCACAAAAUAAACAGUGAAAACAUAUACUUACACUAAGUCACGCAUAUGUAAAUAAUAGCCUACUCUUUAUUUUUUUAUUAUGUCAAUAAUGUUAUGAGCGCACAUGCAUGAGCUGCAUGGUGGCAGUUGUUGCAGGGCUCAGUGGGUCAAAGCUAGAGGCUGGCUGUGAAGACCCCGUGAUCUGAUAUUUAUAGUGGGACAUGUAUAAAUAGCUGCAGCAUGUGUGUGUGUGCUGAGGAGCCUGCUGGCAAUACUGUUUUGAAAGCCAUCGAAAGCGCACAGCCAUCUGACUGAAGGGCAGUUCCUUGUGCGUUGACCCUUUCUGGACCUACAAAUGAACAAAGAGACAGAAGAUGACUUUUAUCAAUCGGAGGACGACUUGGAUGAGGAUGAGGCGACGCAAUAUAUAAUUGAACAAAGCCUGAUUGAAUAUAGAAAACUCAAAGGAUUGAAUCCAAGCGAUCUGAAACCCAGUAAAGACCCUGAUGAGAUUUUCAAAGCAAUCAAGGAGGGUGAUGAAGAUGCCCUUAACAGACUGGCAGUGCAACCAGAGGCUCUGUCAAGAGUUGAUGAACGAGGAUGGAUCCCGCUGCAUGAGGCUUCGGCACAAGAGAAUAAAAAGAUACUAGAGAUUAUCUUCUCAGCAUCACCUCCAGGUGCAGCACAGUGUCGUACUCUGAAGGGUGAGACGCCACUGUUUCUGGCUGUGGUUCAUGGAGUCAGAGACAACGCUACAUUCCUGUUACAGAACGCCAGUAGCCCAGAUCUCCAGAAUGAUGAGCAAGACUCUCCUUUAGUGGCAGCAAUUCUGAAUGACCAGUACGACUUGGCCACACUGUUGCUUCGCUACAGAGCCAACGUGGACCAAACAGGACCUCUAAACAGGACCGCUCUGCACGAGUCAGCCUUUUUAGGUCUGGAGAACUUUGUCCAUUUGCUCCUUGAAUCAUGUGCCGACCCAAAUGCCCGUGACAUCAAAAAGAAAACUCCUCUGGCUCUGGCUGCGCAAAAUGGACAUCUGAAUGUGGUGGAAGCCCUGUUACAAAAAGGAGCCAAUGUGUGUUGCGAAUCAGAGUCAGGCCCUGUCUUGUUUGAUGCAGCGGCAUCAGGAAACCCUGACAUUAUCUCCUUGCUGCUGGACCAUGGAGCAGAUCCCAACCAACCUCUUUCCAGUGGCCAUCUGCCAAUUCAUCGUGUGGCCUACCAUGGACACAUACUGGCACUGGAGCGCCUCAUCCCAGUCACUAAACUGGAGGCUGUAAAGGAAGGCGGGAUGAGUCCUCUCCACUCUGCAGCCGCUGGGGGACAUGCUCAUUGUGUGGAGAUACUGCUCAAAGCUGACUACGAUCCUAACUUCAUGCUUCACACAAGUGUGCGCUGCAAUUAUGAUGAUGAGCGCAGGUCUGCCCUCUAUUUUGCAGUGUCCAACAAUGAUCUUCAGUGCACCCGCCUGCUGUUGGAGGCUGGGGCAAUGGUGAACCAGGAUCCUAUCAAUUGUUUGCAGCUGGCUCUCAGACAGGGCCAAUAUGAAAUGAUCAACCAAUUGCUGAAGUUCGGGGCGAAUGUAAAUUACUACUCUCGUGUCAACACCACUCACUUCCCCUCAGCUCUGCAGUACGCCUUGAAAGACGAGGUCAUGCUGAGGAUGAUUCUGAACCAUGGAUAUGAUGUCAAGCGUUGCUUUGAAUGUCCGUAUGGGGACACUUCCCAUGACUAUGCUCCUUGGACGACCUCAAUCAUCAAAGACCUGGUGUUCUGCGAGGUGAUAACAGUGUCCUGGCUUAAGCACUUAUCUGCUCAGGUGGUGCGCAUCAUGCUGGACUACACCGACCACGUCUCCUUCUGCACCCAACUCAAGGACACUUUGAAGGAGCAGAAACAGUGGAUGGAGAUCUGUCAUAUUCAAAGUAAUACACGAAGCCUGAAGCAUCUGUGUCGGUUGCGGAUAAGGGAGCAUCUCAGUCACCUGCGCUUGAGAUCCCCAGUUUUCAUCAACUAUCUUCCUCUUCCUCCCAGGCUGAAAGACUACAUACGCUACAAAGAGUUUGAUGUAUACAGCAGAGGCAGCAUGGUGAACCCAUAGUGAAAACACAUUAGCUGCCACAGAUACAACUGGAAUAAAGGGACAAAGACAAUCAGUGUUCAUUAUUUAAGUUUUUCAUGUACUUUAAUGAUUGAAAUAAUAUUUGUACAAACCUGUAAGUGUUUUUGGCAUUCUUUCUUUUUACAUUACAUGUUACUUGUUAGAUGCUUUUAUCCAAAGCGACUUACAUACUCAAUGCUGUGGGCAAUCCCCACAGGAGCAAUUUGGGGUGAAGUGUCUUGCCCAGGGACACAACGACAUGCUGACUGCAGUGGGACUCGAACUUGCUAUCCUCUAUCGCUAGCCUUUAUUACCACUCACCUGGUUAAAUGGGUCCUAAAGAAACAAUUUGAGAAUUUAUGUAUCUUUGUUUCACAAUCAGUCUUAUAACAAUAAGAUCACCAUUUUAUAAUGUGAGAACAAAAAAAUCGAAAAGUGAGAUGGCGUUAAAGCAUUAAACCUGUAUGCAUAAAAUCGUUAACAAUGUAAUAUAAACAUUAAAACAUGUUUAUGAUUCU